ACUCUAGGUACUCUAGAGAUAUGCAUGAGUCUAGCAAGACUCCUAAUUCGUCAACAUUCCCCCAAUGAAGAAUAGGCACUAGGUUAGGUGCCUAGGUAGUGAUCAAGAUAUCCACCUAGGUAAAGCAUCGGCAUCGAUGCCUUCUCCAAACUCCAAGGGGAACAUGAAUGCUCGUCAACAUCUCAAUCCUUCGCGGGGUUGAAACGGCGCCCCCGCAUCUGAGCCAUGGUUUUUCUCGGUACUGAAUAGCUGGGGAAGAUCUGCCGACCCGAGCUCUAAAGACUAGCUAUCGCUUGUUCAAUCUUGUGACUUAGCCGUUACGACGAAGGCUUACAGAACAGGGCUUUUAGAGGACAUGAACGACAAGGUCUGGGUAUAAAUAUGCCUACUUACUUAGCUAACUAUGAGGCCAACCUUUGAAAUAUAUUUACGCCCACCAUGUCAACUGACAUUGAAGAUUUGAAAGAGCAGGUCGCUCUACUUCGUAAGGAAGUCUCACGCGUCUCAGAUGAGGCCGAAGUACGAAAAGUCCACUUCAAAUAUGGAUAUUAUCUUGACAAAUGUCUCUAUAACGAGGUUGUGGACAUGUUUGCAGACCACCCAGAUACUUAUGUCGAGUUUCUCGGGUCACGAUAUCGGGGCAAAGCAGGCGUGAAGCGGCUCUAUCAAGGCCGUUUCCAGAACACCUUCGUUAACGGGCGCAAUGGACCCGUCCAUGGUUUUUUACUCGACCACAUCAUGAUGCAAGACAUCGUUGAUGUUGACCCUAGCGGUACACAUGCCUGGUGUCGCAUGCGCGCGUUGAUGCAGGCCGGGACGCACGAAUCUGUCAAGGACACUCAUCCGCGCGGACACGUUCAAUGGUGGGAAGGCGGUCUUUAUGAGAACGAGUAUAUCAAGGAGAACGGUGUCUGGAAGCUCUUCAGAUAUCGCUACUUCCCAUUUUGGCACGCCGAGCACGAGAAGGGAUGGUCUUUGACCAAGGAGAAUUAUGUCCCCUGGCCUAAAACGACAUUCCCUGAGGACCCCUUAGGGCCUGACGAGAUCAUUGAGCAGAGAAUGCUCUGGCCAGACACGCGCGUGGUGCCCUUCCAUUACCCACACCCAGUUACGGGGAUACCAACGAAGGACGACGACCUACGCGCGCCGCAUUAUGGUAAGGAUGCGAGCACCGCCCCUGGACCACUCACUUUGGCACUGCCGGAAGGGCAAACUCGACCUGGAGCGGGGAAGACGUGGACAAGCGAGGGUGCAGUCAGGGUUCUGCCGAGUCUGGUUGAGAAGUCGUAAAGUUGGGUUGCAUACGUAUAGCCUAAAGGAGGAUAGGGGGUUGAUAAAAUCUGGGGUAGCGUAGUCCUUGCAGAUAGAACUGACUCCACUUCCCCAACGCCGAGCAAG